CAGUCAGAACUCAGAUCAACUCCUCUACUGAAGCUAAACUCUAGCUUUCACCAAGAAAGAGAGAACGAACCAAAGGAAGAAAGCAAGCAAGAAAGCACGACUGUGACUGGAGCAGCGGAGAAACGCUACACGACAAACCAGACAAGAGAUCGACUUGAUCAGAAAAGGUUUCUCAAGCUCAAACUCUGAGAUUUAAGGAAGACUUUCUCGACGAAGCUUAAGGAAGAAUUAAAUCUAUUUCUACACGGAAGAAAAGAUGUCUGCUGGAAUGAAGAAAAUGACUUUGCUGCCUUUGCUGUGCAUCCUGCUCUCACAUAUGGCUGCAGGUCAGGAGUGCAGCGGCCAGUGUUCGUGCCCCUCCACCCCCCCCCAGUGUCUCCCAGGGGUGAGCCUGGUGCUGGACGGAUGUGGAUGCUGCAGGGUGUGCGCCAAGCAGAUGGGCGAGCUGUGCACCGAGAAAGACGUCUGUGACCCACACAAAGGCCUGUUCUGUGACUUCGGAGCCCCCAUCAACAGACGCAUCGGAGUCUGCACAGCUAGAGAAGGAGCCACCUGUGUGUUCGGAGGUAUGGUGUACAAAAGUGGAGAGACCUUCCAGAGCAGCUGCAAGUACCAGUGUACCUGUCUGGAUGGAGCUGUGGGAUGUGUGCCCCUCUGCUCCAUGGAUGUCCGACUCCCCAGCCCUGACUGCCCCCUUCCAAGACGAGUGAAGGUGCCAGGAAAGUGUUGCGAGGAGUGGGUGUGUGACUCCCCCUACACUCACACCUUCAUGGGAUCUGUUUUGCCUGCUUACAGACAGGAGGAGACCUAUGGCCCAGACCCCUCCUUGAUGAGGGAGAACUGCCUGGUUCAGACUACUGAAUGGAGCGCCUGCUCAAAGACCUGUGGCCUCGGGAUCUCCACCAGAGUCACCAAUGAUAACCGUGAAUGCCGACUGGAGAAACAGACCAGACUGUGCAUGGUGCGACCCUGCGAGUCCCAGCUGGAGCAGAGCAUCAGGAAAGGGAAAAAGUGCAUUCGUACUCCAAGGCUCUCCAAACCUAUGAAGUUUGAGAUCUCCGGCUGCACCACCACCAAGUCCUACAGACCUAAGUUUUGCGGAGUUUGCCUGGACGGUCGGUGCUGCACCCCUCACAGGACCACCACCCUGCCCAUGGAGUUCAAAUGCCCCGACGGACAGGUCAUGAAGAAGCACAUGAUGUUCAUCAAGUCCUGCGCCUGCCACCACAACUGCCCCGGGGAGAAUGACAUCUUCGAGUCCAUGUAUUACAAGAAGAUGAUGGGAGACAUGGCGUGAGCCUCUGAGGGACGAUAAGAGCUUAUGACUUGAAAACAAACAGAACUCCAUCUCAUUUUGCAGCUCAGUAUAUAUGUUUGAUUUUUGUCAUUGUAAAAGUAGCUCAGACACUUGUCUUGGUGUCUGUAUGUUUUUGUUUGGCUGGUGCUUAUCAGCCACAUAGAGCUCAGACAGUGGGUUGCGUAGCAGCUCCAUGAGAUUCCUGCACUAUAACUUCUAUUUUGACAAACCUACUGCCAGGUUUUUUUUAAUCCAUCCCCCUUUGAAUCCCCUCUCACAGACCCGUCCAUUUUACUGUACGCAUUUUUACGCCUUAUCUAAACCAUGACCUCCUCUCUAAAUGAGGUGUCUAAUAACCCCCCCCCCCCCCCAAUCCUCAAAGUCCAGACCAGACCUGUAAACUGUAAGCAGCUGUAGAGGGAACACGCAGACCACAGCGGGCCAAUGUUCCCCUUGUCCAAACAGGUCUGAAUGUGUCCUUGUGCGUGUAUAUGUGUGUGUUUGUGUCUGUUAGCGCAGGCCUGAAUGUCAGCCUUGUCUACGUGUCUGAGCUGUUCACUAUGCUCACAGAGUGGAGGAAAGGUCAGAGUUUCCGCCCCAACGUGUGGAUGAGAAAGAAAGCAGCGUGCUGAGUUUCGGGUUAGAUAUGGAACACAGUGGGCUUUGCUACGGCACUGAAAGAACAAAAAAAAAAAAACAUGUUGACUAUUACUGAUUCAGGUCAGAAGGAUGAAACCAAGUGUCUAUUUUGUACAAAAAUAGAAAAAAAAAAGACUGGAAGAAUUGUAAUUUCAUUCCUUUUUUAUUGUUGAUGUGUAAAUGAUGUAUAUAUUUGUACAGUUUAAGUUAAUUUAAAACCCAAAUUGGUCCUGUGCUUCAAAAUGUAUCGAUAGUGUAUUUUUUGUCAACAGUAUUUUUUACUAUUUUAUUGAGAAGUGUGACAAAAAUGUUACAUGUUUCACUUUGUAGCUGGAAAUAAAAUGUUAUAUUUUUAUACAAACA